ACAAGGCAUGCUGCUUUGUGGUCGCCGGUUGUUACGCACAAGUUCUGCUGCAGUCACGAACCCAACCAGUGAUUUAGGACCGGAAGACAAAUUUAGUGAAUGAUUAGAGGAAAUAGUUGCCUCGAGGUGCAGGGUGCAGUGGACGCGGUAUCGGACCCCAACCUAGGCCAACGCGCGGAUCGGUCGUGUAUGUGUGGAAAAGGGGGUGAAACCUUACAAAAAUUUUUCGUCGAAUACUGCCGCCAGCAGUAGUGGCCUACUACUAGAGGAGACCUAGGCUAAGGCAGGCUGCUAUUUCACUUUUUUUUUCGUUCAUUCGUUCCGUUUCGUUCGCUUGCUUUGUUGUUGUUGUUGUUGCAGUUGUACUUGCAAACUGCAAUUGCAUUCGGCCGCGCGUAUAGUUCGGGGUUGUGCGGAGCUGCAGCAGCCAACACUAAAACAGUUGUGGUGAAGUUUUCGAAACGCCGAGAAGUGAAAAACAGAGUGUGGUGCGCGCGAGUUUCGUUCCCUCAAUGUGCCUUUUCUCGGAGUAGUUUAUGUUUUCUUUAGGAUCUUGACGACGCUGUGCAGCUCCUUGUGGAAUCCUUGUGACGGUUGUGCGAAUCCGUGGUGUAAAACCGUGCCGUGACACGCGCGUUCGAUCGUUGCCGUCGUCGUGGUCAGUGUGCCAAGUGGUGUGUAUUCCUCCACUCCACCCGUUGUCUCUCCCCACCCUGUCCGGACCAACACAACCAUACGUUCGCAACUACGGAAUGGUUCCAUGGAGAUAUGUGCUAGUGUUUGUGUAUGUGUGCGUACGCGUUAAACAGUAGACGACUAGAUAAACAGUAUGACGAUCCCGGCCAAGUGCGUGCAUGGUGAAUUCAAAUCGUUCAACAACAACAACAACACGGAAGUGGUCUAUAGCAACUGCUCAAUUUAACCUAAACCUCAUUGCAACACAACGAUGUGAUCUUGAUGCAUUCCAGCUCUCAGUGUUAACUAGUUUCUGAAGAUUAAUUUAUCUCCCAAAAUAAAAUCCCCUGCAGCUUCAAAUUGUCACCGUUUGGAAAAAAACAAGAUUGAAUGCAUGCAGCCUCAUGUGAGCAAUAUUGUGAUAGAAAAAGUUCCCACUCCGGGAUGCAUUUUCGCCGUUGGAAAUGAUAUGCAAUGCAUGACGACGAGACAAAAGUACGAAAACUAUCAUCUCACAUCUCACCUUCGUGGGUAUGCGUGCGAGUGUUUGUGUGUUGUUUGGGCAAGACAAACCCCCUAUUUUUCCCGAUGACAUCCCGGCUUCCGGCGUGCAAAAUUUUAACGAACCUUUUACUUAUUUCUACAUAAUGACCCCACCAACAUCAAAUUUAUUCCAGUUCCGGUAUUAUUCCCGCGCUCGAAGCGGAAUAAUUUAUUUAGUGAGGGGAAAAAAUUGGUUCCGCGAUAGAUGAGAAAUCUAAUAAAGUUGAAAGCUUUUCAUGGUGCAGUUUUCAGAUGGCACCAUCACCGCCAAUAACACACACCACACACCUCCCGAAAGGGGUUGCCGUGACCCGUGUGGAGCUAAGGUGCAUUAUUUUUCAUUAUUUAUAUAGGAUAAUAUUUUUACUACUCGGUGGGGGGGGGGUUUCGUAUCCCUUUCCAUCGCUAGUAGCGUCAUCUUCUUUAGGUUUUGUUUUUCUGCGGAACUGACUUUUCCGCAGAAAAUGAAGGUUUCUUAUUGGAAUAUUUUUGAUGGUAUCCUUUUUGGUUGGUGGGAUCUAGUUUACUUUGUCUCAUUCUCUUAAGAAUGCAUUAAUAUAAUGAGGAGCGUGAUUAAAGCGAAAAUCCUGAAUGAACCGGAACGAUGACUGCACAUAAUUCUCGUGUCUAAACUAUAUACAAGGAAGCUUCUUGGUUUCCCUCGAAAUCCAUAACUUCACUACCCACAUUUUCGGGAUUCGCUCCCAUCUGGUCUUCACGACAAUCCACCCACAAACACACACAUAUAUGCUCUCCACAUACAAAUAGAAAUGCGCCCUUGUUCCCCAUCUCCGGCAGUGCACGGCAUGAUUCCGACGGUUCUAUCGGCAGAGACAGUGUCUGAGACGCGCGUCACGCCAACCAGACGACGCCAGACUUUCCCCCCGCAGUGGUGAAACUUUUGCCAAAUGCGCCGCCGGAAACGCUCGCGAAUCCCAACUUGUUGCAUCCCCAAUGACGACAACAACAACAACAGUAAAAAUAAUAAUAAUAAUAAUAACAUCAACCCCAAAAACAAGGCAACAGUUUGUGCCGACAGUUCCGCCAAAGUCGUAGACUAGAAACGAUCGGUUAGCAGAAGUGAGUUUAGUGCGCGACGACCCCUCCCCCCACGGUCUGGAGUGGUAACAACACAGCUGUGGAAGUGUUUCCGAGGGGGCCAAAAUGGCGGACUGUUCGUACGCGAGGUGCGUCCAGGAACGGCGCUACAUCCGGCGUGAGCUAGCCAAAUGGACCAAAACCAUGGUGCACAUCGUAGGACUGGAGCGCGUUGCUGAAGAAUUGAUGGGACGCAGGAAAUGGAAACAUUAUCAGGACGUCCUAACACGCCAACAGUUGAACCUACUGGACACGAGCACAAACGCGGCCGUAGACGACGACGACCUGCUGAACAGUGCAGCAGCGGCCGUGGCCAGCAGUGUAGCCAGCAACGCGGUCCCACUAACCCCCGCACUAGUGGCGGCUGUCGGCGGAAACCUUCUCGAUCAGAAGGCCACCGCCGCCGCGACCAUAGUACGCAACGGACACUACCAACAAGACGGCGAACUAGAAUCCAAACUAGCAACAUCCAACAAUCAACAAGUAGCAGUUUCAGCAGCAGCAGCAACAGCAGACAAACAACAGCCAGACCAUCACCCAGAAGCUGCUGCUGCGACCAAGCAGAAACAUUUCAAUGAGAACGAUACGAGACCGACGACGGCAUCUCCCCCUCCUCCUCCUCAGCCGUCGACGGCGAACCCCACUGCCACAGUGGGGACGGCAGUAACACUUCUCAACAACAGCAACAGUCACCACCACCAACACCUCCAUCACCACCACCAUUCCCAUCACCUUCAUCAGCAGCAGCAGCUUGUGAGCACGAAAAAAGAAACCCCGGACAACACUGGCCCGGAGCUGGAGCUGGAGCAGGAGGUGGGAGAGGACGCUGCCGCCACCCGGGAGGAGGAUCUUCUCCUCGGGGCGACGAGCGAUAAGACAGCAAAUUCCGUUUCCUCUCCGGCGCUGUCGUCAUCAUCGACAGCGACGACGACGACAACGACGCUGCUGCUGUCGCCAUCCGCCGAGCUCGACGAGCGAAAGGACGAGAGGAUCGCAGUCGGCAGGAUAGCAAUCAAGCAGGAACCAACAGAAAAUCAAAACAAUUCACCAGCAACACCGGAGCAGAGUAAACUAAUAAGGCAGGAAAAUUGCAACAAUCUGCUAAAUAGUAAAAUCAUCAUCAACAACAACAACAGUAGUAGUGCAAACAACAACAACAAUAACAACAAUAAUAAUAUUUCGAGUGGCAGCGCCCCGGAUGGGGAGGAUGACUCCAAGAGCCAUCAACAUCAGGGACAGCCUCCGACGCCGGUAGACUGGAAGCCGCAGGACAAGUGCUACUUUUGCGUCGAUGGUAAGCUGUUGACGGUGAACGAAGCGGGCGAACUGGUGCCCGAAUCCGGUGGGCCCAACCUCGUGCCAAGGGCCGAGGUGGACCUCAGGCAACGGGUUCUCAACGACAGCGAUAGCGAUUCGAGCGACAGCAGUGAGCCGGACUACCGGGCCGUCGUUGGACGGCCGGCCUCUGCCUCGACGAAAUCGCUGGCCGCCCUGUUGCGUGGGACCGGCUCAGUACCCCAGACAAUGACAUCGUUGCAAUCGAUGGCAGCCCAGUUUGCAGCCGUCGCAUCGCUCCAAGGAAUUCAACCUAGCCUGGCGCAGUUGUACAAUCCACUCUGGUACUCCCAGCUGCAGCAGCAAAUUACCCCCUCGGGGAGCACGGAGCCCACGGCGGCGGCCGGUACGAGUCCAACGGAGAAGGGCGAGGAAGUGGUGCUAGGGCCGGGCGGUGAGCAACCGCUCGAUCUUAGCGCCAAACCAGGUACCUCUGGACUCAGCCCCGGACUUAUGUUCAACAUGAUGGAUCCGAAGAACAUCUACAAGGCGAAGCCACGUCUCUCCCCGAUCAGCGGAAGGCGCACUUACACCGAAGACGAACUUCAGAGUGCCCUGCAGGAUAUUCUGAAAGGAAAGCUAGGCACGCGGCGAGCUGCGGUCCAGUAUGGGAUACCGAGGUCCACCCUGCGCAACAAGGUGUACAAGCUGGCCAUGGAGCACAAGCGGGAACUGAUGCACAACAUGUCCCUGGCGGCACUGGUUGACGAUGACGACGAUAAGGAUUCGAUCGAAGACGAUGGGAAAGAAGACAGCUACCAGAUGAAACUGAACCAGCAGGCUAUUGCCGAGGCAUACCUGCGAAUGUAUAGUGGCACCAGUAGCACCCCUAAGCACGAGUCAACAUCGGCCGCAUCCACUCCACCUCAACAACAGCCGACGCCGGAGCCUCCACUGUUGAAGCCCAUACAGUCGCAAACACAAACGCCUCAAAUGACAGCCCCACCACAAUCAUCUCCACUGGCAGCAGCGGCGAGUAGUUUAAUCGAUCCGAACCUGUUGCUCCAAUUGCAGAGUCUGCUUCUCGCCGGGGGGAUUCCGGGUUUGACCAGCAGUGCUGCGCAGACCAAAAGCCCCGAAGAAGCUGCAAACGCUCAAGCGGCUCUGGCUGCUUUGCCUGACUUGCUGAAAAAGGUCAUACAGCAGCAGGAAUUGAUUGCCGAGCAGAUCAAGAAAGCUACCGGCAGCGAGCCAAGGCCCAGUACCAGUACUCCGAACCUCAACAACGGCCAACCCUUCGAUCCGCGCCUUUUACCAUAUCUACAAGCGCAGCAGCAGCAGAACAAGCCACGAACGGCAUCCGGUACCCCGGAGACAACCUCCUCGAUGGACCUGAACGACGGCGGAAGUGACGACUCCCAGGUUAUUCUGAAAAUUCCGUCCUACAAGCCAGUCCCUGGCAGUGCCCCGAUACCACCGACGGCCGCAGCUCUGCUGGCGGCUAGUAAAAACGGUGAUCAUCACAAUCUUUCAACUCCCUCACCGCCUACGGGUGCCCCAAGCGUUCGUGAUCUCAGCAGUCUAGGCCUGGGCGGUCCCGGCCCAAGUGCCAACGUUAGUAGCUCCCGGCCAGUACAUACAGCUAGUCCCCAGCAGCAGCAGCAGGCACCCGUACAGCCGCCAAAUCACCUGUCCGUCAUUUCGUCUCCGAUCGGCAUUCGGCCACGAAGCAACUCCCAAUCACCGCCGAAUAUACUCGGGGGCAAGUCAGUGCUAUCCAUCAACGAUGUGAUCGCGCGCAGUAUCAGCAAAAACUUCCAACAGCAUCACCAGUCCGAUCUGCUCAAGCAGCAGAUGGAGUCGAUGGAGCACUACAACAAACGGCCGACCAUCUCGGUCAUCAAGAACCUGGGCGGAACGGACAUAUCUCGCUUCGGCAGCAAUCCAAACAUCACGCAGUUAACUGCUGCCCAGCUAGCUAACACUGGCACCGGAGGGAAAGGCACGAGACCAAAGCGUGGCAAAUACAGGAACUACGAUCGUGACAGUUUAGUGGAAGCGGUGAAGGCAGUUCAGCGGGGUGAGAUGUCGGUUCAUCGAGCCGGAAGCUAUUACGGCGUACCACAUUCCACCCUCGAGUACAAAGUCAAGGAACGGCAUCUUAUGAGGCCUCGGAAGCGAGAGCCAAAACCCCAGCCCGGAUUGGACGGACUGAAGUCAGAUCUCGGCGGGGGAAGCUCGGUGAUGAGGAACAUGGACAAGAGUAAAAACGUUGGCUUGGGACCGGGAUCCAAGGCACAGCAGCUGAAGAAUCAGUAUCCGGGAACAUCGCCAAACGGUGGUCUCAAAAUGCCAAUGUUUGAUCCUACGAUGGCUUCGCAGCUGCCGUAUACAUCACCAUUCCUAUGGCCACAUCCAGCGGCAAGCUUUUCCGGGUUACCGAUGGAUUUCGCCCGACAAUCAGUCGCGGGGGCUGGAGCAGGCUCGAGUACGGGCUCACCAGGGGAUGCCAUUUUCGCUUCACCAAUGAUGCAAAGGUUUCAGGAUCAGCAGCAGGGGGGCAAGGUGUCUGCGAUGGGUAGUGGCAGUGGCAGUGGCAGCAGUAGUGGAGGCUUGGGUGCACCGAAAUCAGCUCGCGAGCUGGCCGAAAGUAUAUACGACGGAACGAGUACGAACGGUUCGCUGCUGGAUGACAUCAUCCGGCAUAGUCUGGACAAGAAACCGGGCGAUAUGCCACACGGAGCGCUAUUCGAUCAGCUGAUGAAAACCAACAACCUUCGGACGUCGUCCGGUGGCCUGGACGAUCCGUCUGCAGCCCUUCUUGCCAAGGUUGGCACCAAGCGAAGUGCAACCAGUCCGCUCAACUUCCUGCAGGAGAAUAUCAAACGGGAACGGGCCAGCCCUAGUGCGUCAUCCACUUCGUCGACCGGCAGUAGUAAACCCCCUUCCCUGCCAGUAGGACUCGGGUCCAUCAGCUUUAACGAUCAUCACCACCAACAGCAGCAACACCAGCAUCAUCAACAGCAGCAGCAGCAGCAGCAGCAAAAGCAACAGCUCCAUCUCCAUCAACAGCAGCAGCAGCAGCAGCGACAUCUAAAUACCUCCACCGAAAACAUGAUGCUCGAGAGCCAUCGAGCAGAGCUGCUGGCGAAAGGAAACCUAGCUGUCGAGAACCUGAUCAAGCUACGUGAGGACCUCACAUCGAUGUCCGUGGCGCAUCAUCAGAAAAGGACACCGAUGGAAGAUCAACACAACGGCGCAGGUCCCUCCGAGGGUCAACUCGGUAAGGACGACCCACUAAGUGACCAGCAGCAGCAGCAGCACCAGCUUCUAUCGCACCGGCUCGUAUCGAAACUGCCGAUCGAUGACAGCUCAUAGAAGUGACUGCCACUGGAAGCGCUGCUGCUGUGGCGUUCACAUACGUUUCUAGGCUAGGAACCUCCCUCCUCUCUCCCAUACACACACACACAAUCGCGGUAGUAGAGGAGAAGGAGGCGGAUAGAGAGAUGAAUUGUAGUUCAAAUAUUAUUAUUGUAGCUAAAAAAAACUUGAUAAUACGCAUGGGCAAGUGUUAACGAUUUUUAUCCACUACUCUUUUAAAGCAAGCAAACGGAGAAUCAAAAUAUAUACAGAUGAUGGUUUAGAAGAAUGAAAAUCGCGAAAAAAAAACUUAAACAAACAAAAACAUAUUGAUGCAAACGGAAGAGAGAAUGACGUUUUUACGGUAAUGAUAAUGAAAACGGAAGUUUUUUGACAAUCGACAUAUAGGCUCUUGUAAAACACCCAGAACAACAAAAAACCCACCCCCGCUCCACCCUUCCCCUUUUCCAACACGAACAAACAUACCGCGCCCGAAACUCUGAAGCUACGGAGAAAAAUCUAAACUGGAAAAUCGCAAAUAUUUUGGACUGCCCGACAUCCCGUUGUUCCCCGCGGCGGACUUCGACACUUGAAAAAACAAGUGGAGAGAGAAGAAAGAAAAAAGAAGUCAAUCAGAAAAGUCUGAUCUUUAUAAUAUACCGAGUGAUGAUGAUUUUCGAGAACACAGAAGAAACGCAACUCGCGCUGAGCCGGAGAAUUUUGUAUGGUUUUACACACACAAACAGAAAAAAGAAAGAGAGAGAGUGCGAGUCAAAACAUCAAGUUCUUCCCCAAACAUCAGCGAGUUUAAGGGUUCGGAUAAAAAUGCGUGGAUGAUCAAGUCCUGCCGCAUUGCAAUGGUUCUGUUUUUCCUCUGGAAAGUGUUCCCAAAUUAGUGGAAUUCUCGCGUAACUUUUGAAAAGGUCCUAUGUAACAUUCACAUCAACUCGAGAAAAACGACGUUAAAGACCGGAACAUUGUUUCGUUAAUUGUUUCAAAAGGAAUCGAUCUUUAUUACUACUUUUACCACUAUCAGCCAAUAAUAACUCUGGAAAACCAAUCGAAACUGUUGUAAUGUGAUUUUAGUUUGAAAUUGAAGCCUCCGAGCGAAAAAAGUUACAUUGGACGUUUUGACUGACAGCUUUGUACAUUGGACAAAUUACGUUGCACGAUGAAAAUUUGAAAAUAACUACUGAACAACGAUCCAAACACUUGCACUUUGUGCUGAAAGCAGAUCUUUAUUGUUAUCAUUCGAAGAACUAAAAACACUAAAAACGGUACCUACAUUCGAAAAUAACAAAAACUCAAAAUGUCCGAAGUGCGACUUCGUGUUGUUUUGAUUGCUUUGUUACUUCGGACGUAUCGAACGUUAGAGGAAAGUGGCGUCCGAAGUAACAGUUGAGUGCUUAAAAUUAGAAUCUGUACAUUGGACAUAUUUUGUAUCGGUGAUAAAAAGGUGAAGAGGAUAGAUACUUGAGCGGUUGUUUUCACAAUGCGUUCGAUGAUUGAGGACUAAUGGUGUGCAUCCAUUAACUCGAUUUGUUUACAUUUGUUACUUAGGACCUUUUCAAAAGAUACGCGAGAAUUGAUGACAAUUUUAUGCUUUUGAAUAAUCUCAAUGCGUGCCAAACUGUGGCUAAUUUUAAUUUUUUUUUUUUAAUGCAGUGAUGCUUUCAAAACCUUUCGACGGUGUUGUAAGUGAAGUACCGUAACUCCACCAUAUUCUGUGCAGACAAGAAUUUUCAUAGUUUAAACCAUUCUGUAACCAAAAUAUGUGCACCAUAUCACAAAAUGUGCAAUCUUGAAAUUACAUCAUUAGCAGUGAAAAUCAGGGAAAAACUAUUUCCCUGGAUUUAUGGAAUCUUAUGGGCCAAGACCCUAGUUCAAGCAAAUCCCGACUAACGUAGUCGCAAAAACACUUCAGAAUCAGACGGCUCCAAAUUGGUCCGACCUAAGCGUAUAUUCCUAUUGCUUCUCGGCCUCUGGCCCAUACGGCGCUCUCGCCUUGGGUCAGAUAAAAAAAUAUUUUUUUCUUAUCAUUUUUUCCUAUGGGCUGUCCUCAGCAUAUUUAUGGCCCUCAUCCUUCGCCUAGCACACUAUCGCUUAGCGUUCUAUUUUAUUUGCCUAACACUCGCUUGGGUCUUAUUAAAAUAUGUUUCCUACGAAAAAGAUUCAAGCGGGAAACGUCUGACUAACCGCCAUCGAAAUUUUUACGUUGCCUAAUAAAUAAUAUAUAUCUUUGGGAUUUCCUCCUUUACUUUCCAUUGAUUUCAUAUGCGCUCUCUGCGCUACAAAUUUGAUUAUCCGCUUAUCUGGUUAUACAAAGGAAAAAAAAGGAAAAGAAAGACGCGUGGUUAGAGCUGGAUGCUGACAUUGAGUAUUUCAAAUGCGCGUUGCACCACAAAUUUGCCAUUUGAUUAUUUCAUUUAUAAUUGUUUCUUGCGCCUGAUCGUGCUUAAAGCUUUAGAAAACUUUUAAAAAAUAAUUUUUGAAAACAUAUGAUGUGAGUCUGAUUCUACACACUUAAAUUGUAUUAUUCCGCGCUCCCAUAGAAUGUAAAUUUGGCUGUCAAGGUCAUUUUUUCAUAUUUAUUGUCAAAUAACAUAACCAAUAUUGGUAUGAAUUGGUAUGAACAAAGAAAUAGAAAAGGAAGCGGGAACGGAAACAGAAACGAACAACGAAACAGGAACCGUUUCCGUUUCUGUUGUCGCUUCCUUUUCCUUUUCAUUGUUUAUUUUCGUUUCCGUUUCCACUUCUGUUUCCGCUUCCGUUUCUUUGUUCGUUUUCGUUUCCGCUUGCCCUUCCGUUUCCGGUUCUGAUUCCGUUUGUGCUCUUUUACUUCCGCCUUAACACGACUUUCGUCUCUAUGAUUGUACAGUCAAAUGAAUUUUGAAAUAGAAAUGUCGUUUGUCAUAUGACAUUUUUGACAAGAAUAUCGAAUGAGCUCAUAUUCAAAAACGUAAGUGACAAAAUAUGUCGAAUGUUGCAGACAUUGUGUCAACGAUCGUGUCUUUAUACAAGUCUGCCCAUAGUAUGCUUCGGAAUCGUCCUGAUUUGAUGUUGCUUCACGAUUUAUCUGUUACUGUCAAGUCGCAUCCAGAAAAUUUUAAUUGAGCUGUUUUGAGGAAUUCUUCCAAACCAACCAAAGUCCAGUCACCAAUUCUUUUAAUGGUUCGCAGAAAAUAUGCCACGGAUCUUCAAAUGUUUCGUAUCAAUCGGAGAUCCGGCUAAGAAUGCCGCGGUUAUCCACUGGACGAUGCUUUGUUCCGCAAAACUGAGUGCUUUCCAGAGCGUUUCACGUUACCCUUCAAUUUCAGUUGUGCACGGAGUUGUGCAGUACUUUCCGGAAUUCCUUGAAAUUUUGCUGCUCAGCGUUUUGAAAUAUCUUUUCUUGUCAUCUCCAUGGCCUGAACAAGCUGUUGACGGGAAUAACGCAAAUUUUUCUUUCCCGGAGUCAUCCUUGUUUCAUCCUGCGCAGAGUAAGGAACAUAAACAAAAUGCUUAUGUUGCCUAAUUCUGCGCAUUAUAAAUUCUGUUUUGCUGAGAGCUUUCUCAUUUUAAACACUCCAAAUAAGUCACAGUCAGAUACAAAACACUAAAAACUUACUGAUCGCGGAUAAAUUUCGGAUCUACAACACUUUUUUCGUUAAAUUGGUGACAAGAAUGAAUUCGUUGCGUCUUACCGGCGAUGCUAGCAGAAUCAAAAAUAUGACAUUGCCAGAUUUUUUAAAAAUAUUUUUUUUCUGCACAACUUAAUUUUUUUCAGUGAAUCAUCGGGUGGUAACAAAGACAAAAGAACAAUCUAACUUUCCAACAGUAUAAAUAUGCACAACCAAGCGGUGUAUUUAGUCUAAGAAGCACGAAAGUGUACAGAGCUAGGUGGAGUUACGGUACAUAUAAACCGUUAAACUGACUGCCGAUGGGAGGCCAAAUUGUUAUGCGUUUGUCAUAUCAGCAGUCAUAUAAAAUUGUGCUUUUUUCGGGUACGGACAAUCGAUUGAUGGGAUUAAUUGGAGCCCCUUUUCCGUACCUUUUCACGGUGGGUUAAAUUUCUUCGCAGCUGAAGUCGCUCGAAUUUGUUGCAAUGGUUUCUGAACGGUGAGUAAUUAUCGCACUUCGAACACACCGCGGAUUCGUAUUACCGCCGAACCGCGCUGCCAAACCGCUCGCCGCAACUCAAUUUAAAACAAUCCUCAGUUACCAACGCCAUCACCGUUCUGUCGUAAUGACUGCGAAUUAAGGUGGGCGAGUUCACGAGCAGGAAAAAAACGCUGGAAGACCUGGUCUGAGGGUGCUAACCAACGAACGCUGCAUGGAAGCGCAAAAAAAAAACGAAUCGAUCAAACACGCAAUUAUCCAAACCCUCGAUACUCGCAUACAACACACAGAUUGAUGUGAAGGGAAAAAAUAAUAAUUUCCACCCUCAUAAUUUCAUUAACUUCACCUGGCCUCGGAUUUUCCCUCCUUCGCAACCAUUUUCCCGUACCAUUACAAACUUUACUCCACAACAAUCUCGCAAGAAGAAAACAAAUCACAUUUGACAAAUGGAAACUUUUUUGAGUAAAUGUAUAUUUAACGGCAACUAAAUUGAAGAGAAGGAGAACUUGUUUGGACGUCAAAACAAAGAAAAAAGAAGAAUACAUUCUGCACAUUUUGUAAACAAAAAUUCAUGUCGUGGCUAAAAAAAAAGAAAUCGAAAUUAAGAGGAAAAAAAAUAUUCAGAUUUAAGCAAAAAAGUGUAUCAAUUUAUGAAAGUCAUAUUUGGUGUUCGAAAUUCUAUCCAGAAUAAUAAAAAAAAACAAAAUACAAGAUCUAUCGAUAUAUCGCGAAGAAAACCAAUAUAAAAAAAAUCGUAAGUAUAUUUAUGUUUAUCUUUGAGAGAUGAUCUAGAAAAAAAAGCGAAAACAAAAUUUAUAAAGCAUUUUAAAGCACAGAAAACGUAAAAUUAAAAUACUCUAUGUUUCGACGUUUUUAUCUUUAACGAAAAUCAAACAAAAAUAAAUCCACCAAAAAGUAUUUGUGUACUACGUGAAAAAUAUCAAAAUUAAGGGAAAAACAAAAUAUCAACCAAAAUAAACUCGGUGUUUUAACUAAGGUUACAGGAAUAAAGAAGGUAAAAAGUAAAUCACACAGAACAAGAAGCUGAAGCGUGCGUGAAGAAUAUAAAAAAAAACAGAAGUUAAAUGUUUCGCAUCUCAUUAUCAUUAAUCCUCACAAUUUAUAUUAUAACUAUCAGCGGAAAUCGCAGAGCGGAACGAGUAAACCACACCAACAACAACAACAACAACAAAAAAACGCCCUUCCGCCUCCCGUCUACGCAUUAAGAUGCAACUCCCCGGUAAAAAAUGGUUUUCGCAAGAGCGCAUCGCUCGAAAACAGAACAAAACCAAACAUGGAAAAUCUAGUAAUUUAAAACAGAAAACACAACCGAAAUCAGCUGAAGAAGAAAAUAUAUUAUAUAUGUGUGUGUCUUCACGUCGCGUAUACCUCAAAAGAAGCAGAAAAAUGAUAACAAAAAAAAACAAAAACACGGAAAUAAUAUUAUCGACCACUUCCCCCUCAACCCUACCCAAAACAACCACUCGUAACUUGAUCAUCAUCCUGCGCACAGCUAGAGGCGAAUACUUUUCAUUUUGACCCACCACCCUCCUCUCCCCCUUCUCCACCUCCACGACAUUCUCGAAACAUAGAUAUCGUUCUGUUGAAAGAAACUUUUUCGCAACUUUCGGGGAGAUGAAAAAAUUAACGAUUGAAGAACCAUUUUAAUUAAAAUUCAUGUCACUUCAAGCAAAAACAAAAAAAAAUAGUAGAGAUCAAAAGACAGAAGAUAAGCGAAAAACAAAGAACCGAUGGAGAAAAAAUUUAUAUGAAAGUAAAAUUAUACAUAAUAUAUUAUAAUUAAUUAUUGAAAAGUAUAUUUAUACACUGUCUGUGAUUGAUAAUCCAAAAUUUUGAUGUAUAUUUUCUCUAAAAUGACAACAACAAAAAGAACAUCAAACAAAACAAAACAAAAAAAAAGAGGGAAGGAGCGAGAGAGCAAAAUGUUUCUCAAUUUGCUGAACGUUUAGAGGAAGAGAUGAUUUUAGAGUGUAGAAAAUCUUCAAGAGAAAUCAAGAGCGAGAGAGAGAGAGAUAGAAAAAACUACUUUUGGUCGAGAAAAAUAACACUUUCGGUUCACAGCAAUAGUGCAAUCCAGUGCAAGAAGGUAUAUUUUUUUCUGUUUCGAAGCGCGCGAGAUCACGCUUUAACCACACACACACUCAAUAUUAUGCAAACCUACAAAUGGUGUUGGACUACACCAUUUUUUCAUUUCGAUUUUGAAGCCAUUUUUACGUUUCCGUUUCUGCAAUUUUCGAUUCGCUGCUCUCAACGCGACGCGACGAGGACGACGAGAGCUGUUCCCGGAAGUAACUUUUUUGUCUCACAAAGCAAAACACCGGAAAGCGGGACACCGAUUUGUUUUUGUUAGGAAAAAAAGUAAUUUAAUAUUAAAAAAUAAUAAAAAAGUGCAAUUAGAACGAUAUAAACCGUAACAUAUUCGUUAUUUAUAUUAAAAGAAAACGAGAAAACACAUGAAGAAAGGUAAAAAUAAAUUAAAAUAUAUAGGGAAAAUUAUUUAAUUCUAUAUUUACAAAAAAAAGAACAACAAAAGGAAAACUUAAGUGAGGUAAGAGCAAGUCUUAUUACAAAAUGAAAUUGUAAGAAAACGAGAAAAUUAUUAGAGCAGUUUUUGUAUAAGUAACAAAAUCAAAAGAAGAAACUUACAAAACGUGGCAGUUAAGAAGAGACGCAUUGAGAUAACACGCGCAAAAUCGUAUUUUCGGUAAAAAGGUAAUGAAAGGUGAAAUUCCAGCAUCUUCUGUGAAGGCGAUCAAACGCCAACCCUAACAACAAGAAGAUAAUUUGGGUAUGUGUUUCUAACGUAACAUAACAAAAAAAACAGGAGAACCUUAUUGGAGAGACAUAAGAUUGAUUACAACCUUAAACUAAAAUACCAGCAAAGUUCGGUUCUUGAGAGAAGAGAUGACCCUAUCAGAGAACAACGCACUUUAACGUUUUCCCCGCCCAAACAAUCGAGAUCCAAAUGAAACGUGAAUAAUUCACUCCCCUUUUUUCUUAUUUACGCAUUAUUAGAAAUGAGAAUCAAAAUCAAUACAGUUCGGAAGUGAACCGAAAUCCUACCAUAGCUAGUGCAAUCUUUUUUUAAAUCAAAUAUUUCUUUAGCCACUGUAUCCUAAUAUUUGUAGUGAGGAUAGAGAAACCAACGGUCGAAUAGGAAAUGAAUCAUUGUCUCUACAUUUUUUGGUACUAUUUUCCUAUUGCAACAUAUCAAAAGCGAUCAUCCUAAUAACAACUUUUGAGUUAGAUUUCACGAGGAGAAGGAAAAAUAAAACAUACCGACAGGAAGGACACAAUGGAAGAACCAAUACCAUCGAUGUACGAGAACAACAAUAACAGCAACAUCUCUUGUUGAAAAGGUUUCUUUUUUGUUGAACAACAAAAUACUGCUUCUACAGUUUUUCUUUUGUAAUGAACCAAGAAAUUUGGAUUGCAAUCUUAUUUUCGGCCAACAGGAUACAUUUCGGAUUAAUGCAAAAACGAAAUCAGAACAUCAGAACACAUACAUAUAUCAAUAUACGCAGAGUUGACACCAACAUCAGUGACACUGCGUGAGAACGAAUUGGACACACACACUCACUCAAGCAAAAUGACGUACGAAGUCGUACGAAACAAACUUCAACCCCCCCUUAAACAAAUCUAAGCCGACAGUCGAUUGUUACUAUAAUACGCUCUCCGGUGUGCUAUAGUAAUUAAACAAUAGCUAUCAAAACCAAACAUAUGCAAACAAUAGUAAACAAAACAAUAGCAACGGAUAUCUCACAAUUACACACAAGAAAAACAAAACCAGAUUGAAAUGAUUAUUGCUGCUACCAUAACGAUUGAAACAAACUUUCACUGCAAUAGCUAAAUCGAGAUAAAAUUCUACUACUACUACAAAUAUAUAAUUGAACCGCCACAACCAACAGAAACUCACCAACACACACACACACAAAGUUUUUGUCAAAACUACAAUAGCCUGGUUAGAGAUGGAUGAGUCGCACGUCUGAUUCACCUGUUUUGAACUGCACUACCCACACAUACAUUCACACUUUUAUCAAACAAAUACACACACACACACACAAAUGUUUUAACUCUAUCUGUUACAUUUUUCUAAAGCAGUAAUAAUUAUUACCAUAAGAAGCUGAAAACAAAAGCGAAAUGUAAAACCUCGUUUUCCCCCCAAGUUCCUUUACAAUUCCCCCGAACAAAUAAGAAAAUGAAAACACAUUUACACAAACACACUCCUACAAUAGAAUAAUCACGCUGCUGAGCAACAUAAUCGAGUGAUCCCCCAUUACGGGUGGCAUCAAACCGUUCCCGGGGGACCCCUCGAUUAACAAUAGCUAUUAAAAAAAACAAAAUGUGGAAAAUUUAACAAUAAGGACUUCAAUUUAAUUAACAAAAAAAAAAACAAACACACAAACGAUACAGUAAAACGGUAAAAUACAAAUUUCGUACUACAGUAAUUCCAGUUCUUUUAACAAUAGACAACAAAGCAUGCAGUCAAGCAAAGAAAACUAACAGAAAACAAAAAUAAAACAAAGAUAUGUUGCUGCAAGAGAAAGAGAACCAAGUAUAUGAAAAAGUAAGCAAAAGAAAGAAAGAUUUAUCGCAUGGAAUGAUUCUCGAAUUCGGGGCCCAACGCUUGGAUGAAAGGCACACGAUUGGUCUUCAUUCCGUUUCAGAAAACUUUUCUAUGCAUAUACUCACCAACAGACAAACACGUGCACACACAUCCUCACAUAUGCACACAUACAACCGAGAAACAGAAACAGAAACAAACAAAAUGAAAAAGAGCAAAUAUUAUUAUUAUCUAGGGUAUAAGUUAAAACAGCUCGGUUCGGGUUUUCCGUUCGUUUUUCAAUGUUUGAUUAUUGACAGGGUUAGAUUGAGCAAAUCGAACUCGAAGUAAACCACACACGAUAGAGAUAGUAAACAAAAAAGGGAAUAGUGAGACAGAGAGAGAGGGUCAAGAGUUGUAAGGAGAAUGCAUGCAUUUAACCGGUAAUUAUUCAUGUUGAACAUAUUUUUUUACAGUGAGUGGUUUUUAGGAGAAACGAGCGAGCAGGCGAGAGAGAGCUUAGAGAGUUAUUACGUUUUUGAGAACAUAACAUACAUAGUAAGGAACAAAUAGAACAACACAACAACAAGAAGAUUGUCGCGAGUCGACGAGUUUGUUUUUGUAGAAUUUUCCUCGGUGGAGUAAAAAUAAAUUUCAAUGUAUCUGUCUGCAACAACAGCAAAAGUGAAAUGAACAACAACAAUAACAACAAACAAACAAACUUACAAAUCUAAGAUGGCUGCCUGAAACAAUAAAACAAAACAUACAAGUAAAGAAAUAGGAUCAUUAUCGUUGAAGAAGCAAACAAAAUAACCAUAAACAAGACAAACAAAUGAAAUCCCGCACACACAAACACACGCAAACUGCAACGUUUGAUACAACCUUUCAUCAUAACUUUUUCGAGCAUGUUUUUUGUGUUCCUUUAGGGAAUAGCAACCGUGCAAGGUUGAUGCUAUUUAUAUUUCCGGGUAUUGUGGGGGUAUUGUCGUGAUAUCAUUGGAUCGUGACGGUGGUGCUCAAGCACUUCACCAGUCUCAACGCUAAGCACCCAAAAUUAAUUUUUAGUACAUGUUUUGGUAUCCCGAUUUAUUACAUUAAAUGAGCUUAAAAAUAACAGAAAAUGUGCUACACUCAAGUACUGGUAUAGCAUUUGUAUAAUAUAUAUGCUAUAGCAAUAUGAGAGCAAUAUGAGUGAGCGAAACAGGAGACACAUUGCAAAUAAGAACAGAUUAAAGCUUUUCGCAUACUUUGCCACAUGCACUGCCCAGACCGAAAAAGACAUAGAUUCAUGUUUAUGCUCUCCUUUUUACUCUUAGAAAACACUUCCCAAUUUCAUUUCAUAAUGAGGUGAAAUAUUAUCACGCAUUUAUGCAACAGCAUCAGUGGCUACGUGGAUAUCGUCGUAUAAAAACAGCCUUGCAUUCCAGCCGGCCUUGGCUCGAUCCCCGUUAACAUCGUUUGGGCUUUUUUCCCAAGCUGACGUUCAGUCUGAGAGAAAGAAAUGUCUACUCCCAUGUAUGCAUUUGAAAGCUUUUGAAAAAGGUGAUUUUUUUGUUCAUUUCAACCUUCAGCACACGAAAAAACGUGUUUCCUCCAAUGCUAGCUUGCACUAUUGAAGGCGCUCUUGACGUCAAUCGUUAACACUACGCAGAAUCGGUUUCCUCUACGCUUCUACUGUAGUUUUCACUUUCCGAAAUCCGAACUGCUAUUAGACAGUCCAUGAGUUCCCACCAUGCAUUCCGUCAGCCAGUUGAGGAUGAUUCUCUCCAGAAACUUCCUACCAGGUUUGGGCAACAAUUUUGUACCUUUCUUCUAUACUGAAAUUACCACUCGUCUAGACGCCUGUUCAGGAGCGGACAUAUUCACUCUAAAUUGUGUGCUCUUCUCUGGUGUCGUUGCUUGCCCGUUGGAAGCAUCUUCUGGCGCUGAGGCAGUUGGUCCGAAGCACGCCAAGUGACUCGCUUGUACCUGAGUUCCCGUUUUCUUUGCAUUGUUGUAUCACAUACUUUCGCUAGCGUUUCUGUCAGUUCGUCUGCGUUCAUAUUUAAGAGGCCGCUAUCCACGCGUAGUGCUCCGGCGAAAAGGUCCUUGUCGAGGCUUCUCGCCCUUUUUUUUAUUGCCACGGAAUUUCGUUGGCCAAUGGUAUUGUACCCUUCACAUACCCUUCAGCGCAUAUUAGUCAUUAACGACGAACUGCAGAUGUCGAUGAUGGAAUCACGACCAUCUCUGUUGAAGGUAUUAGUGGUACCCUUCUGGGAGGUGCGUAGCCACUGCAUAUGAAAAUUCCGUUGAUUUUUAUGAUCAUGAAACCCUCGUGCGACCAUGAGAUCAACUCUUGAAUGGGAUAUUGGCCCAUAACUUGAAUGACGACCAUUCUCGCUGUAUCCGUCACUCCACAAUCAUUGCGACAUCACAGUUUGUUUCUGUCGUUGGCUGCUACAACAGUUGCUGUGCGGUGUCGCAACUGUUAAGAUUAAUUUGCGGUACCUCCAUCACUGUUGGCUUGCCUUUGCCUGUUUGUACACGGGGCAGUUGAAGUCUCCCGACGUGUGGUCGUUACCGCCCUCUAUUUUGCAUAGUGUGCACCUCGGUUGCUCCUGGCAGUCGCCGUCAAAGUGCUAUUUAACAGUCCUGCACUAUCUGGCCCAAGUUCAAACACCUGAAACACUUCUCUAGUAGCUGAGAACAGGAGGAAUGAUUCUGAAACGACCCGUUUAUGCUCUCUGGCUUCAGCAACUUUGGCCACGAUGUUUUUUACCUCCAACUUCUGCCUAAUCUGUCGGAUCCUGGUGAACAGACUAAGAUUCUAUUAUUCUAUUGCUGUUUCAGAGGAUAAGGCCCUAAAAUUUGUUCCUCCACCGAGGAGGAUCUUUUCGAAAAAGGUCCUUGAAUGCUCAGCUUCCGAUUUCUGGGUUCGAACAGCGUUACGCCAUUUUGGGUGCGCCUGGACUUCAUCACACUCUCCAAUUCAUUGAGACCUGGGUUCUCUCGAAUCUUUUAAAAGUGGUAAGCGUAUGACACGCCACCCUUUUUUUAAAGACGCUCUACCAGCCUUAUCUGGGGAAGGUUAACCCAGACGUCGAAUGGGGCUCUCACCCACUACCCUCCAUACCCUCUACUCGUAGCCUCAUUCCCGUUUUUUAUACCGUUUUGAUGGCCUCUAUUUAUCUCAUUCACGUUCCGUUCUCAGCUACGCUUAUGCAUUGCACAAGCUUCCAUUUACCCGUUCCAUUUACUCCAUCAAGCUUCCAUUUACCAGUCGAGACGUGUACCGUUUAGGAAUUGCCCUCCAACAUGUCGCGCAACCCGUCACAGCCCUCGCGGAAUUUAUCUUUCCAACGAAGCGCCGAUUAUAUAAUACCCUCCAUCAUGACGCGCACUCCGUCACAGCUAUUCUCGUGUGGUAUGCACCGGUUUAAAGACGUACUCCUUGGCGCUCACUCCGUCGAAAUUACCCUCGCAGUGAUACGCCUUUCAUUCCACGAUCAGACGUUGUCAGUCUGUCUUUUGUUGUACUCGAGACGAGUACCUAUAAGGAUUAGCCCUCCAACUUGACGCGCAACCCGUCACAGUCACUCUUGCAGGAUUUUUCUUCUCAGCGGAGCGCCGAUUAGGUGGUGCCUUCCAAUAUAACGCGCACCCCGUCACAGCUGUUCUCGUGAGGUACCAUCCGUUAGAGCAGUCCUCGCAGAUAUUCCUCUUAAUCACUCAGAUGCUAUCAGCACGCUGGUCGGCCCUCCACCUCCGCUGUAGCUCGGACAUUAUGUGUACGAUUGCACUGUUCACCACGUUCGAGGUACCCUCGACAUAUUUCCUCCGCGAUGUUCCCAGCAUAAAGGGCAAGCAGCACCUCGCGCCUUUCGAUGAAUCUGGGACACACGAAUACGACGUGUUCCGGUGUUUUCUCCACAUCUCCACACUCCAGCCAGGAGUAGUGACCUUGCAUGCCCAAACUUAUGGAGGUAUUACCUGAAGCAGCCAUGUCCAGAGAUGAACGCCGGCCAUGAGCCGAAACAUUUGGUCCAGUUUCCUGCGAUUCCGAUGGAUUUCGAGAGCCGUAGACCAGGCUGGUGCUCCGUACCCAGUAUAGACGAGGAUACAGUAGCUAGAAGACGUCUUUUGAUACUGCAGGAUCCACUUGUUGACCGACUGUGAUUUCCGCCUGCUGUACGGUUACUUACCAACAGCACUUCCGUUUUGUUAUCAGCAAUCCACAGUUUCGCUACAUGCAUCCAGUUUUCUACUACGACGAUGGACUCGGUUGCUAGCGUAUUCACCUCUUCGAGCGUUUCGCCUGUCACUGUGAGCGCGACAUCGUCCGCGAAUCCCACGAUCUCCACGCCUUUGGGAAGCUUCAACGUCAGCACUCCGUUGUACAUAACGUUCCAGAGCGUUGGACCCAGAAUAGAACCUUGUGGUACUCCGGCCGUUAUCUUCAUUGGCACCUGCCCUAUGCUCGUCUCGUAGACUAGAACGCGGCCCUGGAAAUAGCUGCCUAACAUCCUGUACAAGCCACCCUUAGCUCCCACGAUGACUGCAUCUCCUUAGCUUCUCGCCUGCCGAGGACUAGACUUCUUGUCUUUUGGCUCCUGCCUCUUUUCCAUUUAUUUCUUAUCCUCCUUUUUCUUCUUAUUCUUUCUUCUCCCUCUGUUUCUCCUCGUCCUCUAGAGUCUUCUAAAGUUUUUUGAGCAGCUCUUCUUCAGUUGGUGAAUCCAUUGUCCGAACGGUUUCGAGGAGUUUUUGGCGUUCUGCAACGCGUCAGCGAGUGCUUUUUUCGGAGGCUUUUGUCCUUUCGACGAGUCCGUCAUGCUCCUUUAUAGCACAUACUAUGAGGGAUCUUAGGCUCGACAUUCUAGACUUGAUCGGCUUGUGAUCAGUAGGGUUUGUCCUACACGAAGCUGUCGAGCUAUUUGACCCUCGUCAUGAUCGUAUUCAGGAUGGUACCUCCAGUCAGCUAUCCUUCCUGGGUUAAGCUAACGCUGGACCUUGACAUUAACAGAGGGUUGAUCUCCCGACUUUGCCGAGUCUCAGGCAUUCCUCGAUUACUGCCGCUAGACCCUGGUGUUUCCACUCGGUUGAGUAUAGGCUACCGCAGUAGUUUCCUACUACUUGCGAACUACUUGCGUGUUGGCUUGAUCAACUGUCAUAUCUACCUCACUUUUUCUUAUUUCUCCUUUGUUUUUGCUCCUUUUGUCAUAAUGUGCCGAUGCCAAUCCGGCCAGAAUAGAGAAGGAACCUCGUGCUUUCUUUAAAGUAAAAACAAUCUCUUCUUCAAGCAUUUUUCCACAUAAAUUUGAGCAUUUAUAGUCCCUUUUGUGAAAGAAAAGUUGACGAUCGCAUGCCACACGUGCAAAUGGCUUGCCAUACGAGCACUUUUUGAGCGAAUUUUUCCAUCGCAACAAUCGUAUUCGCAAAUGGUACACUCUCUCCAAUCGUUUUGGUAUAAAAUUAAGGUCCUGGCAGCGAUCUGGAAUUUUAUUUGACGUAUGUUUCGUCAUCCAUGAGAAUGUACUGGUUGGGUCUUUAGACCAUGUCUCUGUUUAAUCCGCUGAAUCAUCCCAACACUGGUCAGAUCACGAAUAGAUGCAGACCUGUUCUUCUGAAUAUAAUUUACAACUUUUCGGUCCAAUUCGGGAUUACUUGGUCCGGGUUUUCGCCCACUUCUGCUGAGAUCCUCGAAAGAACAUUCAUUGUCGAACUUGGUCGUUUGUCGUUUAACACUUUCUGGACAAACUUUGAAUUUUUUGCUACUAUUUUUCUGUACUAUUCAACACUUUUCGGCAGGUUGGUCACUCUUACUUCCAUUUUUGGAAGAAUGUCGGGAGUGAGAAUUGAAUUCGUGAUCUCUGCGUGAGAGGUAUGGAUGUUACCACUACGCCAGAAUUUGUCAGAAAAUAUGACUCGAAUCCAAAAGAUUUCCGUUUCAAAUGGAUGUCGGAUGGCAAAGUUCAGCCGCUUCUGACAGUUCACCAUAAUUUCUUCCACACGCUCCGGCCUAUAUACCCAAACUUUUUGGAGAUAUCCCGGAUUAUGUUCGUACAUUUCAUUGUAUCUCUUUUUUCAAGCUUGGGAGCAUUAUAUUUUAGUUUUUUCUCGAUUUCACGCGCAAUGAACUCUUUAGCAUUUUCAAUUGACGCUCUAGGACGAGGUUUUGUGAUACAGAAGCGAUCACUCAUCGAUGGAAAAAGAUAUUAACGAAACCCCCCAAAUAAAAACGCCCUGUUUUCGCCAAUCUACUACAGCUCGCCUUAUAUUCAUGAAGACUUUUCUCAUCCCUAGUGUCAUGACCAGAAAAACGAAACUUAGAAGCCAUUUAUUAAUUUGUUUGCUUCCAUCAGACAAGCAGCUUUCACUCCAAAAAAAGUACACAGACUGGUCUCUCAACUCGAUGCAAUGCAUCAUCCAACCUAGGGAUUCAAAUUCUCUCCCGCUUAAUUUCCUCUCAGGACUCUCAUUUUCCUUAAGUGGUGCCAGAUCAGAUUGAAUCCUAGACUCAAUAGUCCUUGUCGUUCAUCAUUGUUACAUCUAUGGGGAAAGUCCACUAAAAAUCUGAACUCUCUGUUCUCACAUCGGAACAAUGAGAAUUAUUCUCUUGUCUUCGGCUCGGCCUUUGACAAUCAUCGUUUUCUUCAAACGUCCCUUCUUCCGGUAGACCUUGCGUUUAGGAACUUUGCGUCUUCCGACACUGUUAUGUUAAGUGUACAAGAAAUGGAUAAAUUACGGUGCAAAUUGAGUGAAACAAAUAUUUAAGGUAUCGUAUAUAGAUAUAUAUUUUUUAUGUCAGCUUUAUUUCCCGCACCUAGGUAGCAGCAAAGUUUCAAAGCUUUCGUAUUUUUCUAGAAGCUGGCUAAUUUCUCGAGAUUUUUUGAUUGGACUGUUCUUCUGGAACUUUUUAAAAAGAGGAUUCUUCUUCACGAACGUUGUUGAGCUGAAGUUGGCAUUCGAGUAGGUCGUCAGUUGGAAUACUUUGGUCUUUAUGUUGAAUUAUUGUAGUUUACUCGUAUCCAGAAUUACCCUUAAGCCGGAUUUAGACGUUGUAAGUUACUCGGUUGCGAGUAAACGACAAUCGAUCCGAAGAAUUACGAGCGCACCCAUACCACGAAAUUUGACGUUUGAUUUAUAUGUAUGGAGCUACUCGCUCGUUUAAAAACGAAAAACUUUGAAGUAGCUCGACUGUAAGUACCUUCAUACAUGCAAUUCAAAUGUAAAAUUUCGUGGUAUGGGUGCGUUCGUAAUUCUUCGGAUCGACUGACGUUUACUCGCAACCGAGUAAAUUACAACGUCUAAAUACGGCUUUAGUUUGGGUCCAUUCCUUUCGUUUUGUAGUUUAUUUUAUUCAUUUAAUUUUCCUGGUUUUCUGCUUGCCUUCUUGGAAAAAAACGAAUCGUUCUUCUCACUCUCAAUCAAAGAGAUGACUUAGGCAAAACCGGAAGUAUAAAUACAUCUACCCUUGCUUGAACCAUUGUAUUUGAACACAAAAAUCUUUGGUAGACUAAUUAACAAAUUUUACCACCAUGAAUGUGCCAGAAACAACACUCACACACAUACACACUCAUAUAAACAAAAAAAAAAUAAGUUAGGAAACUAAACAUGUUUUCAUCCGGAUAAACUCCAAAUCGAUAGAAUUUGAAAACAAAACAAUGAUUUCGUUCACUCAUCUCCCAUUUUUGGAUCAAUUUCUAAAUCAACCGAAAGAGAAACACAAACGAGAAUCACAUGGCCCAAAAGAAUGAAAAAGAAAACACGUUAUAGUGAAUCACACACUCACACUGAGACACACCCUUAUACGCGUAAGGGAACGUGGUGUAAUGCAAAAUGCCUUAUAUAUAACUCAUAAAGAUGAAAUUAAGCGAAAAAUACCACUGAAAGUUAUCUUGUACAGCCAUUUUUGUGGAAACUAUUAGUAAGAAAAUAUAUGCAAAAAAAACACUAAAUUAUAACACUAAUUGCGCCGCCGCCAUCGCCAUAUUUCGGGAUCUAACGUUUAAUUUUUCGAAUCCGCGGAAGAAAUAAAAGAAUUACAAAAUCACAAACACAAAAGACCCCCCACACACACACACAUUGUACAUGGUUGUUGAACAAAAGAAAAAAAAUCGUUCGUGGAUCUAGAUAUUGCAACUCUAUUGAAAUACAACACACCACAAAUAGCACUGUGCGUGUGAGUGUUUAUAAAUUUAUUAUUAGGCAAAAACAAAACCAAACACUGAACUGUUUUCAAUGUCCAACAAAAAAAAAGGUAAACUAUCAAAAUUAGAAGAAGAAAAAGCGUAUCGCGCCUCAUAAAGCGAGUAACUAUUUUUAUAGGUAUAGGAAUGAAACCGUUGAUUUUAAAGUCUAAAACAGCUGACCGAAGAUAACGACUAAGCGAAACAAACAAAACUAUUGAUAUUUUUGAUCAAUCCUUUCGAAGGCAAAAAAGAAACAGCAAAACAGCUUUUCACAAGGGAGAGACACACGUCAUUUUGGGAACGCAAAAUGGAAACAAAGGUUUCAUGAACACACUUCCACCCACACACACACAAAAACACUUACAACACACACAUAUUAACGCAAACAGCAGAGUAAAUCUGCCCCCAACGAACCACACGACAAAAAUCAAUCCUACCGUGACUAUUGCCUAGUGUUUCGAUUUUGAUUUGCCGACAUAAUUGUGGAAUUGUAAAACGACAAAAGUGUGUGUGUAAAUAACUCAAAGGUGCAACCAUAGCGUUCCCAUCAUAGCCUAUUAUUUCCUGUUUCGUGUUUAAAUUGUUUCGAAAUUGGGUUCGGUUCAAAACAAAAAUUGGCAAUACAAAAAACUAAACGAAAUGUGAUCGGAAAAUUUUCCACCGUGUCCAAAUUUGGAAAAAAAAGAUAAAAGAAUGAUAGCAACAGAAGAGACUGACAGCAACAGACACGGUUGGAAAUUUGUGUUCAUCGAAUUGGAAUCAAAAUUUUCGAGUAUUUAUAUAACAAUAAUCGUAGUGUGAUUGAGUUGGUAAAUUAAUAAAUUCGCGUGAUUCGUGUGGAUUGGCCGCACACACACACAUAAACGCGAUUGACUGCGUUCAUUUGCCUUGGGUUUGAGUUUAAUUUGCUGCCAAAUAGAAAAAAACAAUUAAACAAAAACACGAUAAGGCUUAGUAAAAUGUUUGUUUUGUUGAUCGUUCGAUGAACGAGUUGAGGUUAAAAAAGUAAAUAAGAUAAAACGGCGAAGGGAAACUUUCGCACGUUUUCCUUUUGGAAAACUAUGAUAAGGUGUAAACAAAAUGGUGCUUUGAAUAUAAGGAGAUAAACAAACAACACAUACAUACACGGAAAUUCUAUUGUUUUGAUGCUAGGAAAUGAGAAGCUUUUUUGUAUAUAUUAUUGUUAGUUUCUUUUUCUUGAAACAAAAAAAAAGGCAAAGCAGCAAAGUAAGUCGUGUUUACCAUUUUCCCUUUAAAAACCGCAAACCAAGAAAAAAAAAUAUUGAUGUGUGAACAUAGUCAUUAAUCAUCAUCGGGAGUAAGUUAAAACAAUAAGAAAGGAAUCUUAUAUACAUCCAACACAAUAAGAACAAAAUGAUAUGUAUGUAUUUUCUGUCCAAAUUUACAUAUAUACAUUGAGGUGAAGCAAAGUGAGGCGAAAAAAAACAUUAAGGAUAUAUAUAAAACUUUAUAUUUUUUCAUGAAAUGUCUAAAUGUGAUAUAGGUUAUACUAAAAACAAACACAAGCGAGACGGAAGAAAAUUAAGAAUAACUAAUUUUAAUUUUUAGGAAGCUAAAACAAAAUGAACUGGUAUAUAUUUAGGUAUUUUUUUAUAAUCAAAAUUCGAUACAACUCGGAGAAUAGAAACAAAUGGAUAAAAACCAUCAUCACGGAGAACAACCAUACUAAUCGCGCAUUAGGGUUUGAGAGUGGAAUUUCGCAAAAAAAAAACAGAGAACUAUUUAGAAGUAUCAAAAUUAUAUACAACCGAAAAUUUAAAAAAAAAAACAAAUCAUCAAAUGAAACACAUAUGGAUUAGUAAACUUUGUGGUCCAAAAAGAAAAUCAUGAAAUAAUAUGUUAAAAAGACAAAAACAUUACAACAGAUUCAGAACUAAUAAUCACACAUCACCUUCUGAAAGAAAGAAAAAAGGAAUGAACCAUUUGAUAACCUAUACCAACAAAGAUCACAGAAGGCAUAAGAUUAAUGACUUGACCAUCACAGGCGCUGGUACCGCUUUGGCAGAUUGCGAGGUACUAGAAUCCCGAAUAAAAUCGCUAAAACAAAUAGCAAACAAUAAUUUUUUCGGACUCUUCCAUUCAGUAUACUUAUCAGUUAGUACUCCAACCAAUCAAAACAAUAGCCACCCACAAAGCAAAAAGUUUCAACAGAGUGUGAAGCGAAUGGAAACGAAGCUUCACCGCAGCAAAAUAGCCACUAUACGGAACAGCAACACGGUUUUCAGUUCACAACAAGCAUACACACACAGCAAUCACGGAUAUGCAGACAACCCAUAGAUUAAAACAACAGUAACUACCAUACAGCAGCCACGAACGAGUAUAAGUUUCUUAUACUUACAGAGAUACAACAGAUACAAAGCAUUUUUCUCACAGGAUAAUUCUUAACAGCAGCAACAACAACAACCACAACAACAAAAGCAGAUAAACAAACAGCGACAAUUGAGCCCGUUCGUGCAAAGUGUCAAUGUGUCAUGAGUCAAUUUCGUUCCAAGCAGAAUUCCUAUUUCGCGGUGUGGUUUGGUUUGUCAAUACACACACACAGUAGCAUUCCAAAGCUAGGCAUUUACUAAAAAAAAACAAUCAGGGACGAAUUGAUCGUCAAUCAACAUCACAUUCCCAUUUUAACACUCAAGCACACAAAAACACAUGCAUCCACAAGCUAACACACACACACACACACACCGAAACAAUGGAUUCUGUUUCGAAUGAAACCGGCAACUGUGCCAGAAGCACUCUUCUGCAUACACGCGGCUCAAUCAGUGAUAAAUCUUCAGUUCAGUUCUUUCAUAAUCAAACGGAAACAGUGCUAACUCUUUUCUCGUCGUUGUGGAACAACAACAACAACAACACGAGUGCGAAGAAGAACCAAGCAUCUUAUUUCUGUUAUAGUGAAACAUUUGAUUACUUGCGUUCCAGACUGUCGAAACUGGCAGCACUGGUAACGCGCCCAUACGGAACCGGUUUUCGGUUGUUCAAACUUUAUCGUUUUGGACGUUUUCAGUUUAAUUUUAAUUUUUCAAACUGAGUAAAGGUAAAGUCAUUCCAAAAAUACAAAACAUUUAACGACUUAUCCGAAACAACAACAAAAAAACAAGAUACAUAUAUAAAUAGAGCAAAAAAGCCGAUGAAACGGAACGGAAGAAAUCAGGAAAGCGGAAAAAGAAUAUUGAUUAAUUUCAUUGAUUGUUACGUUGGUAUAUAUUCUUAGUAAGCUAAUAUAUUUUGAAAUGUUUUUUUAUAUUACCUCUAACCAACCAGAUGUCAGUUCAUUUUUAUGUCUUUAAAUCGUUUUUGUCUAUUUUUUUCCAUUUUUAACGCCUUCUUUAUUUUACCAGUUUAUUACAAAAGCAUUACUAAUGAUUUAUAAAAGACAAUCGCAGUUAUAUUUUUUUCCUUUGCGAUAUGUUUAUUUAGUUAUUUAGUUAUGUGUGCUUAGGAGACCCGCAAUCGGACUGUAAGGCCGCCGUGUAUUUGAAUGUUUUUUUUCUGUUCGUUUUUUUCUGUUUCGACAGCGCGCGAGUGACAGGCCACAUUGCCGAUGCUCAUUUACUAGCUUUAAGAAAUACAUUCAUUUUUUUUUCUACGUUCGUCAUAGCCGAAGUUAACACGAAGCAGAGCCUGUUAGCCGAUCAUUAGCGGAUAAUUUAUUAUUAAGAGUUUUAUAUUUUACCGGGCAUAAUCUGCGCCGCCGCGUCUUAACCGCUUUAAGUUAGUGGAAGCAAAAAUGAAAUGAAAAUCAAUAUUCUUGCGAGCGAAUCGACGAUAUAAAGUUAGAAAAAAAUGAACGCAUUUUAUACUUAACCAGGUCACAAAGCAGGAGCCGGAAAACCAACACACACACGAUUGUAAAAAGGGAAAAAAACACACACGCAAACUUGAACGGAUGAAUUCGAGAAAGGCGUUCAAAACGCAGAAAAGAAAGAAGCAUAGAAGUGUUACUUUUUUUAAAAAAAGAACAAGCUGAACAAAAAAGGCAUAUAAGUUAUCAGUAACGUAGGAAUGAAAAAUAUAAAUGUAAAAUAUUGUAAGCUAUGCAAAAAAACCUAGAAAUAAAUAAAAUGAUCAAAGUGAAGAAGAAUAAUAGGAUUUAUCAGCAGAAAAUGAGUAAAAUAAGAAUGAAUAGUAAGCAACAAGACAGUAAUAAAAAUCGCUUCAAACAUACAAACUGUUAACUCCUUGGUUUUUCAUUAUUACAUCUCUUUACUUGUACAUAUGAGUUAGCUAACGCAUGUUCGAUAAGUUAUGUUUGUUGUUGUUUUGAGUCCCAAGUUUUGUUCUCAAUUUUCGACACAACCAAUCUUCUAGCCCCCUUUCCACUCAAAUUUACAAACUGUCAGAAGCAAGCAUCAAUUUGUACAUACAGCAUCCGCCUAGCAAUCGGUUUGAAUUCAUUCUUCUACAAAGCAGCAGUUGAAAUGAUGAAUCAGCAGAUAAGAAAACAAAACAUUGGUAUCACACAAAUUUAUGAUUUUCUUCACACAACUUAAUCAGCAAAAUCAGCAUUAAUAAUUACAAUUAUAUACCGCAAUAGCAGAGAAGCGAAGAAAAAAUUCAAAUAUCUUAAAUCAGCAGCAGCAAUGUAAACAGCAAAAAAUUGACUAUAUAAACAACCAAAAAAAAAACACUACUUACAAUAGACAGAGAAAAACAAAAGAAAACAAACAAAAAUACAAUUCAAGUAAAUAGUUCAAAAUGCGGAUUAAAGCAGGCUUUCGAUGAAAAUUGGUAAUGAGAAGAUAUAAAAACAAACAAAUACAAAUGAAAACAGUGAACGAGCGCAAUAGCAAAUCAGAUAACAACCGAAACAAAUCCUGAUUUCACUCCGAAAAUAACAGUCCAGCAUUUUUAAUAUUUGAUUUGACGAUGUUGCCGCCUGCAAGAUGCGUACAGCGGAGCUUCCUUCCUCGUUGACAGCACAACACACACACAGUAUCGAGAAUACGUAAUUUCAUAGGCUUUUAGAAUUUUCUUCAUUUUUUUGUUUUGUGUCUGUUCGAUAUGAGAGGCUCUUUUGGUAUCGCGAGAGAUCGGAAAGAUGUUGAGGGAUGUUUUAUUCUUUCUGAAGACUAGGGCGAUAAACGCGACGAGGUGUGACGAGAGGGUAGUGUCGACAAAGGCCCAAAUUUGUGCCAGUUUAUGUUCUAAGUAAAACGAGGGGAAAUUCUUAAGCUAAUCGGUUAUAGAAGCCUCAUAGAUCGUAAAUUAGUCGUAUAUGAUUUUAGUUUGUAUCGGAAUCUGGACGAAAUUCACCACAGAGCAGAAUGAUAGAAAAAAUAAACAAUGUGCUAAGCAGGUACGGAAGGUUUUCUAUUCUUUGUUGUUGUACAGAAUUGAUAUAUCGUUUGAAGUGUCGGGAACAGUAGCAAGCAAAUAAAUUCGUUGUUUUUUUAACUCUAGCUAAGCUACUAGUAAUAUACGAAUGAAGCCAAUGGUUAAAUUUAAGGUUUAUCUCUAGGAUCGUAUUUCUUACGCUGUUAAGCAAUAUUAAUUUCAUAUCACAAGUACAAUACAAUAUGGAGUUCAGUUAUUUUUACGAUUUAGAUUAGUAUCGAAACACAGGUGUUGGAUAGAUUUUCCGCAAAUACUAGCAAAGCUGGCAACCCUGCUGGUCAGAGGGAACACUCCGCUGCGCAUCCGCAACAAAAUUACAACAACUUACCAUCAGCAAAAUCAAACAAUAGUCAGGUCGAAGUUUUAACCAGAACAAAACUUAAGUGUAACCCCGUUCAGUUCAGUCUUAAACCGGAAACUAAAACAUAGAAAUGAACACGCAAAAGAGUCAAAAUUGCUUACCAGAACAAAAGACUGAAAUGUUAUGAGAAACAAAAAAAAACUAAAUUUAUUUUACACCAAAUCUAUUUUACCGUCGAUAAAACUGGUUUUGUUAUACGCAGAAAAAAUAUCGUUUUGGGACCAACAUCUGUAAACUCAACUUCUACCACAACCCGCAUCGACAAAACAAGAAAAUUUUCCCCCUAAAAAAUAAAAAUCGAAGGAACGAAAUUUUGCGUAAACCAGCCGACGAACAGUUUGAAACGAUAACUUCAAUGCCUUUUAUGUGUAUGACAGCUAACGCCUAUGCUGAGAAAACUAAAUACUAAAACCAUUUAGGAAUGCAAACGAAAAUUGGUAAACGCUAUUGGGUUCGCUAAAAAUACACCAUCAUGAAAUGACCCUAUACGAAAAAAAAUACGACUACAACACUUCAAUCGCGCACACAAGUCGUUGAGAAGUUAGAACUUUCCAGGUAAAUAGCUAUUUAGUUCAAGAAGGCCAAAAAAGAUAAAACAAGAUCGGUAAACAUAACCACAAACUCACUAAGAAACAAAAAGCUGGACAGAAACGAAAAAUCACAUAUUAACACUGUGGGAUUGUUAUCACAAGAAUAAAAACAACAACAAGCAAACUGAAGAGAAAGAGAGAGAAGAAAAAACGAUAAUAAAUCAAGACAGAAAAUACCGCUAAAAUCGCGUCGGAAGAAUGAGCUAACAUUUAACUAUAAGUGACAGUGAAUCAAAGACACAAAACCUAGAAACAUCAACCAAAAUGCGAAAUUUUAGAGACACAAACAAAAGAGAGAGGGAGAAAAAAAUACAUACACACAGUGACAUCUUACGGAGAACGUUGAAUAUUUGAUCGUAAAGGUGAAAAUGCGAAGAUAAAAUGAGACUAAAAGAGAUUUUGUUUUGGAACUAAACAAAGCAAAUGCAUUGCUAGCGGGAAUGGACAAGAAUCGAGGAGGUAAGAAGGAAAAAAACAAGAAUUAGAGACAGCGGAUAGAAGACGUGAAUGGGAAUAUAAUACAACAAAAUAUAAUAAUAAUUAUUGUAAUAUAUUUAUAAUGUGAAUUUGGAAUAUAACCAGUAUUUAUUAUACUGUAAUAAAAAUAUAUUUAAAAAUA